GCGGUUCUGCGCUUGUCAUCAUGGCGACGCGGGGCCAUGUGCAGGACCCUAACGACAGGCGCCUCCGGCCCAUUUACGAUUAUCUUGAUAAUGGGAAUAAUAAAAUGGCAAUUCAGCAGGCAGACAAAUUGUUGAAGAAACACAAGGAUCUUCACUGUGCUAAGGUCCUAAAGGCAAUUGGUUUACAGAGAACUGGAAAGCAAGAGGAAGCUUUCACUCUGGCUCAGGAAGUGGCCGCUCUGGAGCCCACAGAUGACAACUCACUCCAAGCACUGACCAUUCUCUACCGGGAGAUGCAUCGGCCGGAGUUAGUUACAAAACUUUAUGAGGCAGCUGUGAAGAAAGUUCCCAAUAGUGAGGAAUACCACUCGCACCUCUUCAUGGCCUAUGCCAGAGUAGGGGAAUACAAGAAAAUGCAACAGGCUGGCAUGGCUCUAUAUAAGAUUGUCCCCAAAAACCCUUACUACUUUUGGUCUGUGAUGAGCUUAAUUAUGCAAUCUAUAUCAGCACAGGAUGAAAACCUGUCUAAAACCAUGUUUCUGCCCCUUGCUGAGAGAAUGGUAGAAAAAAUGGUGAAAGAGGACAAGAUCGAAGCUGAGGCUGAGGUGGAACUUUACUAUAUGAUCCUGGAACGCUUGGGGAAGUACCAGCAAGCCUUGGAUGUCAUUAGGGGGAAAUUAGGAGAGAAGUUGACAAGUGAGAUUCAGAGUCGAGAGAACAAAUGCAUGGCUAUGUACAAGAAGCUGAGCAGGUGGCCAGAGUGCAACGCUCUUUCCCGGCGCCUCUUACUGAAAAACUCAGAUGACUGGCAGUUCUAUCUGACUUAUUUCGAUUCUGUCUUCCGACUGAUUGAAGAGGCCUGGACCCCUCCCGCUGAAGGUGAACACUCUUUAGAAGGAGAAGUACAUUAUUCAGCAGAAGAGGCUGUGAAGUUUAUAGAAGACCGGAUAACAGAGGAGUCCAGAGGCUCUCGCCAUCUCCGAGGACCACAUCUGGCUAAACUGGAGCUGAUUAGGCGUUUACGAAGUCAAGGGUGUAAUGAUGAGUACAAGCUGGGAGACCCGGAAGAAUUGAUGUUCCAGUAUUUUAAAAUGUUUGGAGAUAAACCGUGUUGUUUUACAGACCUUAAAGUGUUUGUUGACCUAUUGCCAGCUACACAGUGUACAAAAUUCAUUAAUCAGUUACUUGGAGUUGUUCCUUUGUCGACACCCACAGAGGAUGAUAAGCUUGCACUGCCUGCUGACAUCCGAGCUCUGCAGCAGCAUUUGUGUGUGGUGCAGCUGACGAGGUUACUCGGUUUAUACCACACUAUGGAUAAAAAUCAGAAACUGAGUGUGGUCAGAGAACUGAUGUUAAGGUACCAGCAUGGACUAGAAUUUGGAAAAUCCUGUUUGAAAACAGAAUUGCAAUUUUCUGACUAUUACUGUCUCCUCGCUGUCCACGUGCUCAUUGAUGUAUGGAGAGAAACAGGUGAUGAGACUGCGGUGUGGCAGGCCCUGACAUUGCUGGAAGAAGGGUUAGCCCACAGCCCUUCCAACGCUCAGUUCAAAUUGCUGCUUGUUCGAAUCUACUGUAUGCUGGGUGCAUUUGAACCGGUGGUGGAUCUUUACUCCAGCCUCGAUGCUAAACAUAUCCAGCAUGAUACCAUUGGUUAUCUGUUGACCCGGUACGCCGCAUCCCUAGGUCAGUACGCUGCUGCCUCCCAGUCCUGUAACUUCGCACUCAGGUUUUUCCACUCCAACCAGAAAGAUACCUCAGAAUAUAUCAUUCAAGCUUACAAAUAUGGUGCAUUUGAGAAGAUCCCAGAGUUUAUCGCUUUUAGGAACAGGCUGAAUAAUUCUCUUCAUUUUGCACAAGUCCGUACUGAACGGAUGCUGUUAGACCUUCUACUUGAAGCAAAUAUAUCGAGCAGCUUAGCAGAAAGUAUAAAAUCAAUGAAUCUUAGGCCAGAAGAAGAUGACAUUCCAUGGGAAGAUUUGCGGGACAACAGAGACCUAAAUGUUUUUUUCAGCUGGGAUCCAAAAGACAGGGAUGUUUCUGAAGAACAUAAGAGACUUUCCUUGGAAGAAGAGACCCUGUGGUUAAGGAUCCGCUCCCUCACAUUAAGGCUUAUUAGUGGACUUCCCAGCCUCAACCACCCCAUGGAGCCAAAGAACUCUGAGAAAAGUGCUGAGAAUGGUGUGUCCUCCCGGAUUGAUAUUCUCCGCUUGCUCCUUCAACAGCUGGAGGUAGCUGUGGAAAUGGGAAAGCGAUUCAUUGAGAAGGAAAUUCAGUAUCCUUUCCUUGGUCCUGUACCCACCAGAAUGAGUGGAUUCUUUAAUUCUGGCUGUUCCCAAUGCCAGAUAAGUUCCUUUUAUCUCAUUAAUGAUAUUUAUGAGCUGGAUACCAAUGGUUUAGAGGAUACAGUGGAGAUACAGGAGCGAGUAGAGAAUAGUCUUAAGUAUUUACUAGAACAGUUAAAAGAUAUCUUCAGUAAAUGUAAAGGCAACCUCUUAGAAGUUAAGGAUGGCAACUUGAAAACACAUCCUACUCUUUUAGAAAAUCUUGUCUUCUUUGUGGAGACUAUUUCUAUUAUCCUUUGGGUAUCCAGUUACUGUGAGAGCAUCUUGCGACCGUUCAAACUAAAUUUACAAAAAAAGAAAAAGAAGAAAAAAGAAACUAGCAUCAUCAUGCCGCCUGUCUUCACCUGUUUCCAAGACUAUGUUACUGGACUUCAGACUUUAAUCUCCAAUGUUGUGGAUCAUGUUAAAGGGCUUGAAGCACAUCUAAUUGCACUUAAGCUUGAAGAACUUAUUUUAGAAGAUACUUCAUUCUCUCUGGAAGAAAGGAAGGUUUCAAAGACUGUUCAAGGGAAGGUGAGAAGCAGUUACCUGCACUCACUCCUGGAGACAGGGGAGCUGCUGAAAAAAAGACUUGAGACCACAAAGAAGCUAAAGAUUUAAGAAGGUACAAUCCACAGGCCUUGAUGACGACAGCUGAAAACGAUGAAACCAUCUUCCCAGCAAAAGCCACACUAGUUGACCAUCGUUUUAAUCCAGAACUUCCUCAUAAAAUGCAUGGACUUUGAUCGUGAAUUAAUUUUUUGAGGUAUUAAAUAUGUACAACUGAUUAAAUUAUUGUAUAUAAAGCAGAAGCAGGAGCCCUGAAGUGGGUUCAACAACUUUUUAUACAUGUUCAUAUGUAUGUGGCAGCAACAAGAGACCCUCCCCCCCCACUCUCCUUCCCUCCUAUCACCAGACACAUCUCGGGGGAGGUGGUGUUCUACAAAAGCAGCAAUGGAACUGAGGUGUAGAGCAUCCACUUUGAAGCAGCUGAGUUGCCCUUCCAUACUGACAGCAGGAGUUUUGCUCUGUUCCUUGAGCUGUGAGGCAGAAGGCAGUAGAGGAGGCAAGAUUGGGAUGGAGCCCUCCCACAGCUGCAGUCUCAUUCCGAGGCUUCUCAACUCCCAACUCCCACGGAAGCCAUGGCAGGUCCACUGAGGGCCUCACAGGAGGCUUGCAAUUAGAGCCUGCCAUUGAAAGCACCCGUCAAGAUGACCACAGGUGCUCGUCUUCAGUCUAAUAGUCUUGAUAGCCAAGACAUCCCCUAUCCUAGCUUCUUUGAGAGUUAAGUCUCAGGGAGACAGGAAAAGCUGUUAAUUUCCAGCUGUUUUGAGAAAGCAGUACAGGUCACUUCAUAAGCCUCCUGGAGUCAUCCAUUUAGCGAAGAUGAGAAUCACUAGGCUAAUGAGAAGGUGUAUAUAACUUACGUGGUGAGUCAGAUACUUAAUUCCAUUGGUUUUGUGAGUCAUCUGUUGCAGGUGGUUCUUAUAUGUGUGUAUAUAUGCUUGAAAAUAAGAUAUACUUUUUUAGUGUUUUUAAGUCUGGGAUUUGGGAAGGAAGGAAUUGUAUAUUAUGGAUUUAAUCUGGGUUUUAAGUUUUAGGCUGACAAAAGAAAUGAUUAUCUAAUGGAUUUGAUGUUCGAUUCACUUUCUUGAGGCUUUGAGACUCACACCGGGAUGCUAUUUACUUUACCUGCAAGUCUAGUCCCAAGACUGUGGCUCCAGAGGUUUGCCUGGUAGAAAAAGAUAAAAAUUGCUCUUGAAAAUGUUACACAAUUUUCAGUUUGACAACUUUUUUUUGGUGUUUGAAUCCCUGCUUGUUUUUGGUCUUUGUUACCUGAAUAUUGAGUUGGUAAUUCUGUAAUACGAGUGAAGAAAUGAAUUUGAUGAGGAACCGUACGCAUCUGGUGGAGGAUGGGUCUGGUAGAUAAGAACAGCCCUUCCUACAUGCUGCUCCAGUGAAAUGGAGUCAUUUCUAAAGCAACUAAAAGCCAGCUGGGAAAAUCUUUACAGAGCCUGCAUUUUGUCUUUCAUCUUGACUUUCUUAAAUUAACAGUUUGAUAUGGUGAUUAAAAACUGUUUAAACUUCAUGGGAA